AUGUCAGAGACACACGGACAAGCUUUUCACCGAGCUGGCUUCUCGCCGCCCGCCCACGCUGGCUCCUUCUCCGCCAUGAUGGCAGCGCAGGCGGGUGCUCAACGUCUGUCUAAUGGCACCUCGAUUCACUCUUCCACUUCGCCUCCCGCUUCCUUCUCGCCAACUGGCGCUCGAGUCCGCGCUGCCUCACAGUCGGUACCGCUUUCCGCUCCGCGUCUCUUGACGCCGUUCGACACGGGUGACAUCCGCAUCCUCUUGCUCGAGAACGUCUCGCAGGGUGCAGUCAAGAUGCUAAAGGAGCAGGGCUACCAGGUCGACUUCCACACCAAGGCUUGGAGCGAGGAGGAGCUCAUCCAGAACAUCGGGCAGUACCACGCCAUCGGCAUCCGCAGCAAAACCAAGCUCACCGCCAAAGUGUUCCGCGCUGCGCACAAGCUGCUCGUUGUGGGCUGCUUCUGCAUUGGUACCAAUCAGGUCGACCUCGAGGCGGCGGCCAAGGCUGGUGUUGCUGUCUUCAACUCUCCCUUUGCUAAUUCGCGAUCCGUAGCCGAGCUCGUGAUCGGUGAGAUGAUCAGCCUUUCGCGACAGCUGGGCGAUCGUGUUAAUGAGAUGCGAUCUGGAACCUGGAACAAGGUGUCCAAGGGCUGCUACGAGGUUCGAGGCAAAAUCCUUGGUAUUGUCGGCUACGGCCACAUUGGAUCACAGCUCUCUGUUCUCGCCGAGGCCAUGGGCAUGCACGUCAUCUACUACGACGUUGUGCCGCUCAUGCCUCUCGGAUCUGCCAGGCAAGUAUCCACUCUCAACGAGCUGCUCAGCACCGCCGACUUUGUCUCGUUGCACGUACCCGAGCUGCCCGAGACCAAGAACAUGAUCCGCAAAGAGCAGAUCGAGGCGAUGAAGAAGGGUGCCUACCUCAUCAACAACGCAAGAGGUAGCGUUGUCGACAUUCCUGCUCUCGUUGAGGGUCUCCGAUCCGGCCACUUGGCUGGUGCCGCCGUCGAUGUGUUCCCUAAGGAGCCCGCUGCCUCGGGGCCCGGUACCUUCUCAAACGAGCUCAAUAGCUGGGCUUCGGAGCUUUGCCAGAUGCCCAAUGUAAUGCUGACUCCACACAUCGGAGGCAGUACCGAGGAGGCGCAACGAAUGAUCGGUAUCGAGGUCUCAGACGCCUUGAUCCGCUACAUCAACUACGGUGGUUCGGUGGGUGCCGUCAACUUCCCCGAGGUCGACCUCCGUGCAAUCACCGAAGCGGAUUCGCGUGUGAUUCGUAUUUGCUACGUCCAUCAGAACCAGCCCGGUUCUCUGCGCGCGGUCAACGAGAUCCUUGGAUCAUUCAACGUCGACAAGCAACACUCGGAUUCCUACAAAGCAACUGCAUACCUUUUGGCCGACAUCAGUGGUGUGUCCGAAAACGACAUCCGCGAGAUUUACGAUCGUAUCUCCAAGACCGAUGCCAACAUUCUGACCCGUCUACUGUCGUGA